CUGCCCUGAAAAUGGGGCCGGGGCUGGCCGUGCACGCCUGAAGGGAGGGCCCCGGAGGCUCCUCCCGCCCUGCCAGAAGUGCCUCCCCGGCGCACACAGUGUGCGAGCCGGAGAUGGAUGGGACCGAGCUGGAUGGCAGCAGCGCGGAAGCCCCUCAGCAAUGCUGCCGGGCGGCGACUGCUGCGGGUGGCGGCGGCAGCGACGGCCCCGAGCUUGGUGAAGCAACAGGCGAGGAAGGUGCAUCCGCAGCCAUGGAAGAGCCUGCGGGGGAAGCCGCGGGAGGGACAGCCGCCUCUGCCAUCACCGCAGCAGCAGCCCAGGAGCUGAAGAAGAAACAGCAGGGCGUCAAGAGGCACCACCACAAGCACAACCUGAAGCAUCGCUACGAGUUGCAAGAGACUCUGGGCAAGGGGACCUAUGGCAAAGUCAAGAGGGCCAUCGAGAGGUUUUCAGGCAGAGUGGUUGCAAUAAAAUCCAUCCGUAAGGACAAAAUUAAGGAUGAACAAGAUAUGGUUCACAUCAGACGGGAGAUUGAGAUCAUGUCAUCUCUCAGCCAUCCUCAUAUCAUCACUAUAUAUGAAGUUUUUGAAAAUAAAGAUAAAAUUGUGAUCAUCAUGGAAUAUGCAAGCAAAGGGGAAUUGUAUGAUUAUAUCAGUGAGAGGCGAAGGCUGAAUGAGCGGGAGACAAGGCACUUCUUCCGGCAAAUUGUUUCUGCUGUGCAUUACUGCCACAAGAAUGGCGUUGUCCAUAGGGACCUAAAACUGGAAAAUAUUCUUCUGGAUGACAAUUGUAAUAUUAAGAUUGCAGAUUUUGGACUAUCAAAUCUUUAUCAAAAAGAUAAAUUUCUUCAGACUUUCUGUGGAAGUCCACUGUAUGCUUCUCCCGAAAUUGUCAAUGGAAGACCUUAUCGAGGCCCAGAGGUUGACAGCUGGGCCCUUGGUGUAUUGCUUUACACUCUGGUGUAUGGAACGAUGCCCUUUGAUGGCUUUGAUCACAAAAAUCUAAUCAGGCAGAUCAGUAGUGGAGAAUAUCGUGAGCCAACACAACCCUCAGAUGCUCGUGGCCUGAUCAGAUGGAUGUUGAUGGUGAAUCCUGAGCGCAGAGCAACCAUUGAAGACAUAGCCAACCACUGGUGGGUUAACUGGGGCUACAAGAGCAGUGUUUGUGAUUGCGAUGCCUUGCAAGACUCUGAGUCUCCUCUGCUGUCUAGGUUUAUAGAUUGGCAUCAUCGUUCUAGUGGCCUCCAGCCAGAGACGGAUACCAAAUUGAAGUGCCUUUCCAAACCAAAAGGAUCUGAAGUCAUGUUAGAGAGACAGAGGUCCCUGAAAAAAUCAAAGAAGGAAAACGACAUUGCACAGUCUAUCCAGGAAGGAGGAGGAGACAGUGCAUGCAAACUUAACUCCAAGAGGCCAAAAGGCAUCUUGAAGAAAAGGAGCAACAGUGAACAUCGAUCUCACAGUGCAGGGUUCAUAGAAGGAGUGGUUAGUCCAGUGUUACCCUCCACUUUUAAAAUGGAGCAGGAAUUGUGUAGGACAAGCAUGUCUAUUAAGAGUGUUGUAGAGGGGGAGGUAACGGGUAAAUACUGCACUAAGCAGUCUUCCUUAAUGCCAAAAAAAGGAAUCCUCAAGAAGACACAGCAGAGAGAAUCUGGUUAUUACUCGUCUCCAGAGCGGAGUGAAUCUUCAGAACUUUUGGACCAUAAUGAAGAGGCAGGAAACAGUGACACAUCCCCAAGUGUCAUCGAGACAUUAAGGAUAGAAUCUUUCAGCCAUUCUUACAGGCGCAAGGGUAUUUUGAAACACAGCAGCAAGUAUUCCACCAGUAGCACAGAUUCAGCUUUGGUGAGCCCUGACACACCAAUGCUAGAAGCCAUGGAAGAAACAGUCCUCCCUGGAGAUGGAUUAUCUCGAAGUUAUAGCCGCCCUUCUAGUGUAAUUAGUGAUGACAGCAUCCUGUCCAAUGACUCUUUUGAUUUGGUGGAUCUGCAAGAGAACAGGCUGAGAAUAAGAAGCUGUGUGUCUGCUGAAAAUGUCCUACAGAUGCAGGAUUUCCAAGGACUCCAGAACCGCUCACGGCCACAAUAUCUGAAACGUUACCGGAAUCGGGCUGCUGAUAGCAGUUUUUCCCUCCUUAUGGACAUGGAUGAUGUCACUCAGGUCUACAAGAAAGCUCUGGAGAUCUGUAACAAACUGAACUAGCGGAGUGAAGAUAGCAGGGCUUGGAAGGAAGGGUCUUGGGUACCUUUAUGAUGGAGUUGGCCUAGUUAACAAUUUGCUGACAGUCCAUUUUCUGGCAUUGUUAAAGCAACAUUGAAAAAAGGGGCUGAGCAGAAAUGCUUCAGUUAUGUUAUGAAAAAAAAUUCAUCUCAUGUUCUUUAUGCAACCUUUAGCUCAUGCAAUCAAAAUACUACCUAAUGUCCAAAGAAAUUACCAUAAUGUACAGAAGAAAAACUCUGGAAUCUAGCAGACAGAAAAAGAUCAUGAUCCAGUGGCUGUAAGCUGAAGCUAGACAAAGGGUAAACUGGAAAAAGGGUGCAUGUAUUUAUGCCAGAGAAAGUAACUAACCACUGGAAAAACUAUAAUGUUAACAGCAGUGUAAAUCAGCUGUUUAGCACAAGAAAUAAUUUGCAGGUGGCUAUGUAAAUGUCCAGAUGUUUAAACUAAUGACAUUUUCUGAUUUCCACCCAAACAGUGCCCUGAUCCAGAAUAAUGGGCUGCGUGCUGCGCGCACCCAUACAGGUACCUUAGUCAGCUAAUGAUUGGCACUGCUUUUUAUCAGGUGAUAGUGCCACCUUGUGAAAAGUGUUUAAUACUUGAGUGGGGAAGUGCUUUGUAUUUAUAGAAUUUAGGCAAAGAAGAGAUUGUAGCAUGUAGUAAAAGAAUGAAGAACUGAGAGAGAGAAAGAAGCUAUCUUUUUUCCUGAACAAAAAGAUGAAAGCUGGGGCUCUGGAAAUCUGCAUAGCCAGAAAGCCACAAAAUACGGCCUCUAAUUUAACAAAGCAAUAGCUUCAUCAGAUUUUUUUUUUUCAUUUUUAAAACAACAAAAUCCUGGCCUCCUUGGUUGCAAAGAAAAACCUGAAAAAAAAGUUGGCAGCUUUUAUUCAAAAUAGACGUUACCUUAAAAUCAGUCGAACUUCACCAUGCAGUUAAGCACUUGUGUUGCACUGGUUUUAUAGGAACUCAAGCAUGCCUAAUAUUCUCUGACUGCAUCUUAUGUCUUCUUUCACUUAUAUUUUCUCUAUCUUUUCUAGUCCCAGCUAGACACUGAGUCAGGUCUAACGUUUAGGAUGAGACUCAUGUGGAAACCUUAAUCCCUACGAACUCCAGAUUUACAGAAAUAAAUGAAAGGGAAAAUCUACAUCAAUCAAGGGUUAAAUUUCACAGAUCCCAACUCAAAACAUCUCAUUAGAAGGAAAUGUUUAUAAUACAGAAAGAGAUUCAGAGCAAAGAAGAGCCAGGCAAGUCACAGAGUUUUCAGAGGUGCAACAGGAUAAACGGGUGGAGGCAGGGGUGGACAUAAUUUCUGCCUGCUUCCACACCACUUGCUGCCAUGGAAGCAACUGAAGCCUAGCCCCUGUGGCAACACUGCAGGGACUUGGCUUGGGCCCAGCUGGUAGCACUGUUCACUUGUGUGCCGCUGAUGUCCCGGAGUGAGUACAGCCCUUGCGAAGCUUUGGCAUCCUCCUUGUUGUGCUGCCCCAAGCCGUCCAGCUCUUAGAGAGGAGCUAAAAUCAAUACAGGUGAGAAUACAAGUGAGGCUAAUUCCAUUAAACACUUUCAGAUCUGAGGAAGAGAUCUGCCAACCCCUCCCUAAGACAGGGAAAGAAAUCUGAAGGAGGGGGAAAAAAAUCUUUAAAAAAACCCUAAUUGUUCCAUCUGUGUAAAUUGUGUAAAACAUAACGAUCAAUCAAACGUAUUGUAUCAGUCAAACUUACCUUAUUAUAAGGUAUAUCAUACAUUUGCUAACACUUAUGCAAAACGAUACAGUAAAUUUUUAGUUUUGUUAAGGAAUUUGAGUUUUGUGGCUGCAGAUUCUGAGGGUUCUUUGCACAGAAUUCCAGACUCCUAGAAAGUAUUGAAGUGAACAUUUGGAAGGAACACAGUAUGGUUAAAGAGUUGGUAACAGGAGAAUAGACUUGAUGAGGGAUUUAGUGUGAGAAUGUAUAUGUAUUGUGGAUGAUAUUGUAUGGCCAAUGGGUUCAAAGAGGAGACGACAUAGACGUGUAUGCCUCAUGGACCUAGUUUAAAAUCAAAGGCUUCAGCUCCCAUAAAGGUACCACUUGGGUCUACUGGAUUAUGUGAAUGUAAGCCUCUUUUAAAAUAGGCACUAUUUGGUUGACAGGCCUGGGCAAUAAUCACUUAGCCCACUUUUGGUCACAGUUAUCACAGCAAGCAGUCCUUCAUAUUAACAGUUGGGUUAUUAAAAGUAACAACAUACGUUGUCUGCAGCAUUACAUUUUAAGACAACGUUCAAACACAACUACAAGUAAUAGGCCAAAGUUCUGUUCUUGUGUUUAACCAGUGCCAACUUCCUGACUUCAGCUGGCAACAGAAUUUUGCCCGUUCUAAAUAUGGGCUUCAGAAGCCUCCGAGAAUUAGUGCCAAAGUUGAGAUUCCAAAGUAGACAUGAAGAUAUCUAAGCUAAAACAGUUUUGUCUAUUUCCAAAUUGCCUAUUUUUUGUAGCAUUGUCACUUCUCAAUCUGACAGGAAAACUAAUCAGGAUAAAGUUACUACUAGUUUACCCAAAUGGCUCUUCUGAUUUUUCAGGAUGUUUGUAUUUCUCUAUGAGGAACUGGACCAAAUUAAUUAUCCACUCUUGUCAAGAUUACAUUGAUUCCCCCCAUAAAUAUACAAAUGCACAUGCAGACACGAUGCCAAAGGACUGAAAGAUCCCUCCUCUACCUUGCUCUUUGGUGAAGAAAGGUUCUUUCUCUUUUUUAUACUGUUUGAUGAUUGUGGUAUUCAAGGCCACCCAUCCUUUCAGGACUUGGAACUCCCCUUCUAAUCUCAUGUAUUAAAUUAAUUUAGAGUACUAGAGAGGCCUUAAGAUCUGCAGUGUCAUUUUUGGGUAAACGUAGUAUUAACUUAAAGCCUUGCUCCUUGGCAGCUAUGACAGGACCUGUCUCAGUUGUCCUAAUGGAGCUUAAUUUCAAUGGAACUGUACUGACUUACACCACCUGGUCAUUCAGCACACUUAAAUAUUUAAUUAAUGUAUGUAGCAAAGAAAAGGGAACUUGCAACUUGCAACUGCUGCUGUCAGAAUUGCCCUGAAUUCUGAGCUCUGCCUAGGCUGUUGCCCAGGCCUGCCAUCUUGUGUACAAAUGUGAAUGAUUGAUUGAUUGCUGCCAAACUGGAAAAAUGUUCUGUAGGGACUUACUGGUAUGUUAUCAUUCCUAGAAGAAGAAGAAGACUUGACUGCACAUUGUUGUUAUUAUUAGCGUUGUGUAUUUUUUUAAUUUAAUUUGGGAUUUUUUUUUUGUAAUUCAAAGUUGACUUUUUUAUUUGAAUUUGUCUUUUUUAAUUUAUUGGUCUGAAAGCCAUUUCAAAGGUAUAAUAAUAUAUUUUGGUGUAAUUUAAUUGGUGCAGCAUUAUCUUACAGCUCUGGCCAAAACAUUAUCAUUUUAAAAAUAACUUUUUUUUCCUUUUUGUUUUGUUCAUUGGCUGGUUUGAUCUCUAUGAGGCAUGCAGGGGGGAAAAGCUGGAUAAUCACCCAAAGUGUUUGUAUUUUUAAUCUGUUUUUUUAUUAAAUAAAAAGUUAAUGUAAA